AUGAUCGACGAGUCGCCUAAGCCAAAGGAUGCAGAUGUCGCGUCCGGACAUGGAACACUUUCGCGCAAUUUGCAAUCGGAUUCCCCGAAGAUCGUCAACCUCGCCAUCGGAGAUCCCAUCCAGAUCUCUGCAAAUCGGCCGUUCCUCUUCACGACUUUUUUCCCGAAAUGGCGAAGCUGGAGCCCCUCGACGACGAGCCGAAGGCGAAGGCCAGGAAGCGGAACCACGGCAGCACGGGCUUCUUCGUCUUCGUGGAUUACCUCUUCCUCUUCAUCUUCUUCUGCUUCCUCUGCUUCAUCCUCUACAAGAUGGCCGGUCUCUGAUGGGCCCCACCCCCACUCCCCGCCCUCUCUCUCUCUCUCCCUCGGUCCGCGCCUGGUUACCGCCGCCGCGAUGAGAGAAAGGAUAACACAUGCCAGGCUUUGCCUUUGGUUAUAUUUAGUUCAUUUUGAAGAUGUAGGCUUUCAGUAUGAUUUGAAUUUGAAGCUGCUGGGCACUGGGCUUAUGGGAUUAUGGAGAGUCAGGGCAUAUAAAUCUAUUGUAUGUUUCUUGUGGAAAAAUCUAAUCAGAUUGUUAUGUGGAAAAUUUUGAGAAAGAUUGAGGAUUUAUUUACUUGUUUCUUCUAUUCAGGAUCACAUUCUUUAUCUCUUUUCUGAGUGUAUUAGUUUCUACUGUUAGAGCUGAAAAAUAGCAACGUUUUGCUAUGGACUAUUUGCAUUGUAUUGUGUCAAGAAUGACUUCUGAAACAUGAAGUAGUUGAAGGUUACUUUUGUGUAUUAGGACUGGGAGAACGUUGAUGAUGUUAAGAUCUGCAGACUAUGUAACAGAGUCAAUUCAAUACUUACUGCUGGUUAAAGCAUA